AGGCGCCCCGCCCGCCGCAGAGCGGGGUUCCUGCGUCCCGACGGUGCGCGGCGGCCGGACCGGGCUGGCGGGCUGGCGGGCGGAGCCGGGCCCGCGGGGCUGCUGCGGGGCGACCGGGCCGGGGCUGCGGGCUGCGCCAUGGACUCUCGUGUCCAGCCUGAGACCCAGCCUCGCUGAGCCGGCCGUCCCCAAGAGCUUCCUGCCAGGGAAGCCCCCAAGCACUGACCAUGUCUAUAAUGGACCACAGCCCCACCACGGGCGUGGUCACUGUCAUCGUCAUCCUCAUCGCCAUCGCCGCCCUGGGGGCCCUGAUCCUGGGCUGCUGGUGCUACCUGCGUCUGCAGCGCAUCAGCCAGUCCGAGGAUGAGGAGAGCAUCGUGGGGGAUGGCGAGACCAAGGAGCCCUUCCUGCUGGUGCAGUACUCUGCGAAGGGACAGUGCGUGGAGAGAAAGGCCAAGCUGAUGACCCCCAACGGCCCGGAAGUGCACGGCUGACCGACGAUGAGAGGCUCCUGGUCCAGUUUGCAGCCCGGCAAGAGGCGCCGGAAGGGGCGGAACCACAUGGACGUGCUGCCGGCUGAGCGCAAGGGUUGACACCUGCUGGCAUGGCCUCCGCGGGCUUGGUCAUCGCAUGCACUGACUCCCGGGGCCCAGCCGUCCUGGGCUCCCUGUCAGCCUCCAGGCGGGGCUGCCCAUUGCAGGCAGUGGGCAGGCCUGACCUUGCUGGGGCUCACGGCCCCGUAGCGCUUUUGUUACUUGAAUGUUGAGCUGAGCCUGUUUCUGACGGAGCUACUACUGUAACGCGUGAACUAACCAACCUGUGAACUGUACAUAGUCCCUCCUCCCCCCCACAAGCUUAAGCCUCGCUGCUGCUUUUCAAAAUUCCACAUGGAGCACGCGGGACGGGUUUGACGAGGACUGCGGCAGUGACGAGUCAGGCCCGCCCAGGCCUGGGUGCGCUUGGUGGGGAGGUGGGGAGGGGGCCCUGAGGUGUACCCCGCGCGUGUGUGUACGGGACGUGACCAGCUGGGCAGCUCUGGCGACCCCUGCUUGGUUAGGAAGGGAUGAUGGGACCGCACACGCCCCCUCCCCUGUUGUUACGGAGCAGUUCCUGUUAUGGUGGCGUUACCGCAAGGAAGCUACGCAGCCGCCUGGGAGCCGGUGACGGACAGGGAGUCCCGAGGGCUCUAGGCACCCUAGUAGCAGAGCGGUCUCUGCCCCCACGGUCUUGAGCGUGCUGUGUGCCGCUUAGCGCCGGCUUCGCUGCAGUCACCCCGGCCCUCGUACAGCCCCAGGGCCCCGGGCCACUGCUCCAAGUCUGAAACCCAAGCGGCCCGCAGAGAGGGAAGUUUUGUUUUCUGCUUUUGUAUUGAGUAUUUUCUGCACUGGAGGGGCGGGGAGGGUCUGUGAACUUCUCUCCUCUUCCCUUCGCAAGUCCGCUCCCUGCCCAGGGGUUCACUGUAGACUUCACUUCCCCAGGGGUUCUCUGUAGAAGGCUGACGCUCUCCCACCCCCCAGUCUGGCGCUGAAGGCACCGAGUGUCCACGGCAGCUCAUCUCUCGUGUGCACAUUCUUAGGAGCCACCAGACUGUUCCGGCCAGCCUGUGCCUGGUGCGUGGACGGUCCCCGCACGGGUUGGUGGCCCCUCGCGUGCACUUCGCUGAGCUCACCCUUUGACUCUGAGUCCCACCGCUGUAAGCACGUUCUCAGCCGUCGCCAUGACCACACGAUCGGCGUCCCCAUCGAAUAAUAAGCCGGAGACCAGCCUGGCAUGGCGGGCCCGGCCCCCCCGUGGCACGCUGGCCCUUGGCACUUGAGCCACCUGCAAGCAGUGUGGGCAGGAAGCCCAGCACUCCGGCCUCCGGGCUAGGUGGCCCCUUCUCAAGCCCUUACCCAGGCCUCUGCUAGGAGCCACGUCAGCCUAAAUCUACUUUCUAGAACCCCGGGGGGGAGCUGCAGGAACUGCUCAGCGGCAGUGAACUUGAAGCAAGAGCCGGUGGCUGGUGAGGCUGUCAGAGCUGGGGGUAGUGAGGAGACGCCACAGGUGGGCUUCCUGGGAACCCUGGCGGGGAGGCCCUGCAGGCUGGGUGGGCAGAUCACGUGGUGGUGGGGGGCCUAGGAGGGAGAAUAGUUCCCAGGUUGCCAACUGGAAGAUGGCUUUGCGAUCAGAAAAGUGUUGGUUCGAUCCGUCCCCCUUGGGUUUCACGACUUCGGGCUCGCUACCUCUGCUCACCGCAGCCGAGGCUGCUGCCGCGUGGGCUCGGGGACUGCACGUUCGGGGCCCCGAGCCUGACCCUGGAAUUGACCACCGCCCAGUAAAUCCGAUUCUGGAAUGAUUAAAGGCCGCUUUGUCAUCA